AUGUCGCAAAUGACAGCUACUUCAACUACCAAACGCCUUCAUAUCACGCCCUUCACACCUGAGUUUCUCCCCUCCGUGCUACCUGCAUCGGUUCGCCCCUUAGCUACAGAAAUAUCCUUUCACUGCAUCCCAACGUACCCAGAGAAUAAUUACGGCUACGUGACGUUACCGACAAUGGAGGCCGAUAAAAUCAAAAAGAAGCUCAAUGGCUCGAUUUUGAAGGGACGCAAAUUCAGCGUGGAGGCAGCUCGUCCACAGAAAAGAUACAGAGAUGAGGAAGUGUCCGACAUUCCUGCAUCUACCCGCAAGUCUUCAGUCAACGGGGAGAAGAAGAAGAAAAAAUCUGAAAAUGGUGUCUUAGACGGAUACGAACUCCCAUUGGAACGCCAUGUCAAGAGAGGCUGGACGGAGCCAACAAUUCAUAAGAAUGAGAGACGCAAAGAAGAGAAAAAGAAAGGAAAAACCGAGAAAAGCACAAAAUCUCAGUCAAAGUCUAAAUAUACCGAAAAGCCGGAAUGCCUGUUCCGAACAAACAUCCCUCCGAACCGUUCUACCGAUGAGAAGCAAGAAAAACGGUCUAAAAAGAAAAAGAAGUCCACCCAGGAAUUGGUAGUUCAUGAGUUUGCCAAGACUGCAACUCACCCAAGUUUCCUUCGGUCAACCGGCGAUGAGGCAGCUCCCACGUCUAUAUUUGAAGAUGAUAGAGGAUGGAUAGAUGAGUCGGGAAAUGUCAAAGAACAAGUCAGCGAUCGCAUUAGGAAAGCCCAAUACAGACCAGGGGCAAAAUCAGGGGCCGAAGAAAGGCGACGUUCACUCGCAAGUGGGACAUCGGACGUUCAAAAACCCGGUGAUACAUCUAAUUCCCAGGAGAAUGAGACAGCUAAUGAAUCCGAGGAUUGGACAUCGUCUAGCGGCUCUGCAUCGUCCGACGACAGUUCGUCGGAUUCAGAUAGCAACGAGAGUGUAUCCUCCAGUUCAUCAAAUUCGGAAGCGUCUUCUCAUAAUGAAGUACCCAAGGCACCAGCAAAUUUCAAGGUGGCCGAUAAAGUCCAUGGGCAUGAUAACUUUGAUUCCAAAUCGAAAGGUAAUAACAAAGAGUCUUCUACCGAGGCGAAUGAGACAUCUCAUUCCCAAGAAGUUCAUCCGCUAGAAGCGCUUUUCAAAAGGCCUGCGCCGGAAUCAACCGACCAUAAGCCCGACUCACAGUCCCAUGCGCAAUUCAGCUUCUUUGGUCAGGGGGAUAUUGACUCUGAAGAAGAGACGGAAUUUACAGCACCACAAACACCAUUUACAAAGAAAGACCUCCAGAACCGUGGAUUGAGGAGCGCUGCUCCAACGCCGGAUACGGCUCUGUUUAGCCGGACUGUGAACCGGGACAUGGUGCAAGGCGAGUAUAUGGAUGUGGAUGAUGAGCUGUAUACGAACACUCCUGUUCCAAAGACUGGAGCGGGGCAAAGGAACGAGUCUGAGUUUUCAAAGUGGUUCUGGGAAACUCGUGGGGACAACAACCGAGCUUGGAAAAAAAGAAGGCGUGAAGCUGCCAAGGAGCAGAGACAGCGCGAGAACAGGAAGAAAGGAAUGAGAGGGAAAUUCUAG